UUCAUUCACUUCACACAAUUUUGAAAAGUAAGGUUAUUUAUACUUAAAAAUGUAAACAUUUAGACAAUAAUGGAAAUUAAUAAAAAAUUAUGAUAUAAAAAUGAAUAAAAGCAUAAAAGUAUUGUUCAAAAAUAAUAAGUUCAUAUAAGGUUGUGUAUUGUUUUGUUAUUACUUCGAAGUUUUGACUUGAAUCGAAAAUAUGGCAGGGGUAGAUCACCAAACUAUGCAAAUGAAUCAAUUUAGGAGCUAUGUAACUAUGCUGGCAGAUCCUAGCGCUAAAGAGGAUCUAAAACUCAAAGCAGCACAAGAGAUUAGUGAGAAUCUUGAGAUUAUCCUAGCAUCUCCCCAUUAUCCGUUAUUUCUGCAACAUUCCAUGCAUAUAUUUAUAAAUAUCUUAGAUACUGGUGAACCCCUAUUUAUAGCAGAAUAUAAUUUGCAACAGAUUCGAAAGCUCAUUCUAGAAAUGCUCUACAGGCUUCCAACAAAUGACACUCUGAAACCAUUUGUUAAAGGCAUGUUGACCCUUAUGUUGAAACUGCUCGAGGUCGAUAACGAAGUCAACGUUUUAGUUUGCUUAAAGAUUAUAAUUGAACUGCAUAAAGUGUACAGACCUGCAUUCAACCAAGAGAUACAACAUUUUUUACAAUUUGUCAAAACCAUUUACUCGGACUUACCUAGUCAUAUGAACAGAAUAUUUGAACCUAAAGCGCCAAUUAAAGUUUCCGAUCUGAUGGAACUGAACAAUCUGGACGAAUUGCUACAGGGAACUUUUACGAUGACGACCAUACAGACUGAACAGAGGAAAGAGGACGGGAGUUUUGUUGCUUACUACUUGAUUCCAAAAUCGGUACUCUCCCUUAAAGUUUUACAAGAGCUACCCAUUAUUGUUGUGCUGAUGUAUCAGUUGUAUAAAAAAAGCGUACAUCAAGAUGUUGCAGAUUUUAUUCCUCUAAUAAUGAGUACAAUAACGUUGCAACCAACGAUCGAUCAGAGGGAAUCGGAAAGUUUCAACAAGGAAAUUUUCGUGGAUUUUAUGGGUGCACAGGUGAAAACGUUAUCGUUCCUCGCUUACAUAAUCAAAAUUUACCAAGACGUUGUGCAGCAGCACUCUCAACUCCUAGUUCAAGGCAUGAUAGGCCUCCUUUCUCUUUGUCCAAUGGAAGUGGCUCAUUUGCGAAGAGAAUUGUUGAUUGCUGCUAGACAUAUUCUAGCCACCGAGCUGAGAAAUAAGUUCGUCCCUUACAUCGAUAGGCUUUUCGACGAAGAUGUACUGCUUGGAAGAGGGUGGACAACGCACGAAUCACUGAGACCUCUUGCCUAUUCUACGCUCGCAGAUUUAGUUCACCACGUCAGACAACAAUUGACCAUGCCGGAUUUGAUCAGCGCAAUCCAUCUCUUCAGCAAAAACGUGCAUGAUGACAGUUUGGCAGCAACAAUUCAGACGAUGUCAUGUAAAUUGCUGUUGAAUUUGGUCGAAUGUGUUCGGGUACGGUCAGAGGCAGAGAACAAUCCGGAAGGUAGGGAAUUACUUCUGCGAAUGUUGGAGGUGUUCAUUCUCAAAUUCAAGACUAUCUCGAAAAUUCAGCUACCGAUACUCAUUAAUAAGUGCAAACAGCAGUCUCAGAACGCUGCUCAGGUAACGUCUCAACAGGUGGAUGUUAAGACCGAACCUGAUCAGAAGGUCAGUACGGGAGAUCUUCUAGAAUCUUCUCUAUCGGGAUCUCAAGGAACGCAAUCCAAAGAGGAGAGGUCCAAGUUCGGGUUUCCCCAAAGUAACAAUUAUAACGUCACCGAUUACAGGAGUCUGGUUAAGACUCUGGUUUGUGGCGUGAAGACGAUCACUUGGGGUUGUUCCAGCGUCAAGGUGCCUUCCGGUCAACCUUUCAAUAAUCCCAAAUAUUUUCACCCCCACGAAACUUUGGGUUAUGUCAGGCUCGUUAGAUGGGCUUUGAAAGCCUUGGAUAUUUAUACCUUGUCUCCGGGGCCGCUACCGGCUGGUGUCAUCCAGAGGAUCAAUACGCAGAAUAUGAGGACCAAAGAGGAGAAAGAGGUCCUGGAACAUUUCAGUGGAGUGUUCUCCAUGAUGAACACCCAGACCUUUCACGAGAUAUUCUCGACGACGAUCGAGUACCUCGUGGAGCGUGUCUAUAAGAACCCGACGCUGCAGACAAUUCCGAAUACCCUGUUGGCCAAUCCGCAGACAAGUCCCAUUUUCGCGACGGUUCUGGUCGAGUACCUGUUGGAGAGGAUGGAAGAGAUGGGUUCAAAUUUAGAACGGAGCAACCUGUACCUCAAACUGUUCAAAUUGGUGUUCGGCAGCGUGUCCCUGUUCCCAACGGAGAACGAAAACAUGCUCAGGCCGCACCUGCAUCAAAUAGUGAAUAGGUCGAUGGAGCUGGCUAUGAGUGCCAAGGAACCUUAUAACUAUUUUCUACUUCUCCGGGCACUUUUUCGUUCUAUUGGGGGAGGCAGUCACGAUCUGCUGUACCAAGAGUUCCUCCCGCUGCUGCCCAAUCUACUUGAGGGACUUAACAGACUCCAGAGCGGCCUGCACAAGCAACACAUGAAGGACCUUUUCGUGGAACUCUGCCUAACGGUCCCGGUGAGGUUGAGUUCUCUGUUACCAUAUCUGCCAAUGUUGAUGGAUCCUUUAGUGUCGGCACUGAACGGUUCACCAGUCCUCGUCAGCCAAGGACUGAGGACCCUUGAACUUUGCGUGGACAACCUCCAGCACGAUUUCUUAUACGAGCACAUCCAGCCUGUGAGGGCCGAUUUGAUGCAAGCUCUCUGGAGGACUUUGCGGAACAAUGACUCGGUAGCUUUCAAAGUUUUAGGUAAAUUUGGGGGAGGCAAUAGGAAGAUGAUGAUCGAGCCACAAAAACUGGAGUAUGUGUCGUCGGAUUUCGAUCCUCCGGCUAUACUUGUACGUUUCAACGAUUACUCCCAGUCUAUCGAGUUUCCGGUGCAGAAAGUCAUCGAGACUGCUUUCAACGCACUCAAACAGUCGAAUACAGACUCUUUCUAUAGGAAACAGGCUUGGGACGUAAUAAAUUGUUAUCUGAUGGCCUCGACCAAUCUUUCGGACGAUCGGAGGACUUUGAUCAACCUCUUUAUGCAUCCCAGUUUUCAAGACGCUAAUACUAUACCUCACGUCAAGGGAUCCACUUAUAAGUCGAUCUAUAAGCAAGCUAGAGAGACUCAUCAGACCGCUUUGACUGGCAUGUAUGUUGCGGCAGCAAUUAAAGAACUAAGGGAGAGAGUCGUGCCGGCUAUGGUCUCCAUUGUGAGGCAUUACACAAUGGUGGCUGUAGCCCAACAGGCGGGGAUGUUCGCCUACGCCCCCAAGCCCAACGAACAGGUGGUGUUGGAUCCAUUAGUUCUCAUAGACGCGUUAGCUGUCAUAAUGGGUCACGAAGAGAAGGAACUGUGCAAACCAGGACAUGUCGGGAUGGUUCUAAUCGUCGACACUGCAUCCACUCUCUUGGGAAGCAAAGAGAUGGCCUGCAAACUACCGAUGAUCGAGUACAUGGCCGAGAAGAUGUGCUCCCUGUGCUACGAGAGGGCGUGGUACGCCAAACUGGGCGGCUGCAUAGCGAUCAAGUUCAUGUUCGAGAGCUGCGCCCUGAAAUGGGUCUACGAGCACAUGUUCACCUUCCUAAAGGCCCUGCUGUUCGUCAUGAUGGACCUCACCGGCGAGGUGUCCAGCGGCGCCCUGGACAUGGCCAAGAACAACCUGGAGAAGAUGCUGAUAGUGUGCGUGACGCCGCCGCCGGCGAACUCCGAUCAGUCGACCAGGGAGCUGCAACGCAAGGCUCUGUACGAUAUAACGCACGAGCUGGUUAGGCAGGUGACCAGCACCUACGCCCUCGUCAGGGAGCAGGCCAUGCGGUCGUUGAGACUGUUGGCGGAGAAACAGAACAAGUCCGUCACGGAGGUGAUGGAACCAUUCAAGGACGUCUUGGCCGAUAUGGUACCACCGAAGAAACACCUACUCAGGCAUCAGCCGGCCAUAGCCCAAAUGGGGUUGAUGGACGGUAAUUAUUUCUGCAACACCUUGAAUCCCAGACUUUUCACCAUGAAUAUGGAGAUUAAGGAGCAUAAUUUAUUCAUCGGAGAUCUACUCUCGAUAUGCAACACUGAAGAUACGAAAUUGAACAGUUAUUCUUGCUACAAGUCGAUGACUAAUUUUAUACCGUUGAGGAGGAGCGCUUUGAGAGUCUUGGCCUCUUGUUAUUAUUUAGAGGACGUUAGGGAGCAGAUUUUCCAAGUUUUGUACAGGGCACUGGAGAAGCCGAAUGCUGAACUGCAGGAGACGGCUUUUGAGUGCAUGAAACAAUUCAUUGCCGGAUAUCCGGUGGAGAAGGAACUUGUCCACCCUACGGUGAGACCUUUACUGAUGACUCUUGGCGACGUCAAGAAUUUAACCUUAAACGGUGUCAAGAUGCUUUCGUACCUGACCCAACUCUUCCCCUUGGUAUUCAACGAGAAGCUUUGCGAACAACUGUCGGAGAUCCUGAAGCAGCUGUUGGACAACUUGAUCAACAGUCACAAGAGUUCGAACGGGGUGUCUAAAAAAGGGGAGGAGGAGCAGAAGAUUGCUACCAUUAUAAGUAUAUUCCACCAGACCCCUGCGGCUUCUUCGAAGUUCAUCACUCUGCUAGUUACUUUGAUCCUUCAGACGGAGAAAGCUAUGUCGAUCGAGGCCAGUUCCCCCUUCAGGGAGGUGCUGAUGAAGUUUUUGUUGCGUUAUCCCGCGGAAACGCUGGAGAUGAUUUUGAGCGACGUUCAUGUUCAGGACUUGCAGUACCACAGAUUUCUGAUCUACCUGAUAAAGCACAAAGACGGCAGGCCGUUCCGCGAAUACAUACAGACGCACAUGGUGAACAGGCUGAUCGUGAUGGCCUCCUUCUGGAUAAACCAGAACGACCGCCUGUCCCUGCAGUACCAGGCGGUCAGGAUCGUAUCCCUGCUGGUCAAGUACGACGACCAGUGGCUGGCCACGCAGCAGAAGCUGGUCGACACGGUCAAGCAGAUCUGGUGCGACGAUUCGUACCAGCUGAGGCACCAGAACGUGAGGGAGAUCGAGAUCGAGCACUGGAAGGAGCCCAAGCUGCUGGUCAAGAUACUGCUGCACUAUUUCUGUCACUAUCCCAACGAUAUCGACCUUCUGUUCCAGCUUUUGAGGGCCACUUGCGAUAGGUUCAUUCCGGGGUUCCAGUUCUUGAGGGAUUUCCUGGAGAACACUGUAGCUCAAAAUUACACGGUUGAGUGGAAGAGGUCGGCUUUCUUCAGGUUCGUGGAACUUUUCCCACUUAGGACCAUGUCGCAGGAGCUGAAGGCCAAGGUGCUGCAGUUGAUCCUGAUCCCAUGUUUCGCUGUCAGCUUCGAGAGGGGUGAAACGAACAAAUUGAUAGGGAGCCCGCCGAUGCCCUACCAGGACAACCCCGACAACGUGGUCUCGGUCUUCAUAAACAAGCUGAUAGACCCCGACAACCCGUUCCCUUCCGCCGACUGCGUGCGCAUCUCCCUCCUGCAAUUCUCCUGCCUGCUGUUCGAGCAGGCCAGUUCGCACUUCCACGACCCCGAGUCGAACAGCAAGACGCAGGGUUACAAGCUGCGACGCCUGAUGACGUUCGCUUGGCCCUGCCUGCUCGUGGAGAACUGCGUCGACCCGGCUACGCGAUACCACGGCCACCUGCUACUCUCGCACAUCAUCUACAAGUACAAGAAGAUCCACAAGAAGAUCGUGCUGCAGGUGUUCCACAGCCUGCUCAAGGCGCACGCCGUCGAGGCCAGGAGCGUGGUCAGGCAGGCCCUGGAGAUAUUAACGCCGUCCGUACCGUUGAGGAUCGAAGAGGGUAGCACGAUGUUGAUCUAUUGGACCAAGAAGAUCAUCGUGGAUGAGGGUCAUUCUAUGCAGCAGCUGUUCCAUAUACUGCAGUUGGUGGUGAAGCAUCACAAGGUUUACUAUCCACUCCGGCAUCAUAUAGUUCAGUACAUGGUGAACUCGAUUCAGAGGUUGGGUUUCAGCCCUACAGCCACCCUGGAACACAGGAAGUUGGCCGUAGAGCUGGCUGAAGUGAUCAUCAAGUGGGAAUUAUACGGUAUCAAGGAGGAGGAGAUAAAAGACGCUAAUGAGAAUGCUCAGGUAAAACGUUCGAUGUACGACGAUAACGACAGGAAAAAACUGGCGGUGUCCCAACCCUCAACUUCAUCCGGUUCGAUGAAGAACGACGCCGCCAGCAAACCCAUAGACAGGGUACACCUAGAGUCGGUGUUCAACUUUCUAGUGAAGAUGCCUUGCACGAUGCACGAGGUACCCCCGCCCACUCAGGCCAAUUCCAUGUCCAGCACCCCCCUGGAACUGCUGGCGCGACGAACGGUCCUGCUCCUGAGGAGCACCUUCAAGCCCGAGAUCUGGCCGCAGAAUUUCCACAUAAAACUGCAGUUCGCCGACGAGAUCUUGGUGGGUCUGGACAUGCCCAACCCGAACAUGUGUAACAUCCUGACGACCCUUGAAGUGUUGACCUUCCUGUUGGGCGUGCUGAAGAAGGAGCAGGUCCUGAACGAGUUCAGGAUGAUCCAGAGAGGUUUGGCGGUGUGUAUCACGUCCACCAAUUCGAAGGUUAUCAAGUUGAUGCACGCUCUACUCACCAAACUGAUGUCGAUAUUCCCUACGGAAAGGACUAAUUCGAAUGUUUCUUGUAAAUAUGAAGAGUUGGACGUGUUGUACACCACCGUCGGGAAGGUGAUCUACGAAGGGCUCAACAACUUCGAGAAAAACGCCCAAGCCAACCCGUCCACCCUGUUCGGCACCAUCAUGCUACUAAAAGCUGCCUGCGCCAGCAACCACUCCUACAUCGACCUCCUGAUCACCCCGUUCAUGCGGGUGCUCCACCGGCUGGCCAAGGAACACCUCCAACCCACCUCGGCCGACUACUCGUCCAUGACCAGCGAACUGCUGAUCCUCAGCCUGGACCUGGUCAAGACCAGGGUGGUCGUGAUGGGUGUGGAGAUGCGCAAGACCUUCAUCGGCAACAUACUGGUCGGCCUGAUCGAGAAGACCCAGGACGUGAAGGUGAUGAAGGCCAUCAUCAAGAUGCUGGAGGAAUGGAUGAAGUGCAAGAGCUACGUCACCCUGAACCAGGCGCCGAGUCUGCGCGAGAAGUCCAUACUGCUCGUCAAGAUGAUGCAGUACGUCGAGAAGCGAUUUAGCGAGGACAUGGACAUAAUGGCCCAGUUCCUCGACCUCAUACUGUUCGUCUACACGGACGCGGCGCUGAAACAGACGGAGCUGACCACGAAGCUGGAGCCGGCCUUCUUGUCCGGACUCAGGUGCACGCAGCCUAACAUACGCGCCAAGUUCUUCAGGGUGUUCGACGAGUCGAUGAAGAGGAGGCUUUACGAUAGGUUGCUAUACAUCGUGUGCUCGCAGAAUUGGGACGCGAUAGGACCGCACUAUUGGAUCAAGCAGUGCAUAGAGCUGCUGAUGGUGACGGUGGUGCCGGACACGCAGAUACAGAUGUCGCACGAGAGCAGCAUACUGCCAAACAUAACGUCCGCCAUCUACUCCGCGAAUGCGCAGAAGAAGGAGGAGUUUAUAAGGACGCAACCCGACAACCUGAACCUCGGCAACAUGAUGGAGGCCCAGGACGAGAUCCUGGAAGUCGAUCUGAACAACGUGGAAGGUUCUCAGGUAGAGGAAAAACCGAUAAACAGGGCCGAAACGGUAUCGAAGAUGAUAAAGAAGCAUUUCGAGUUCAUCGAGGUCGGUAGGAACAUAACCACCGACCAAUUCCUGUUGGCCGCUACCCAACUGUGCCACUUGGACACCAACCUCGCCGAACAGGUGUGGUUGAACCUCUUCCCCAAACUGUGGAAGAUACUGCAGGACGAUCAGAGGUACCAGCUGGGGCGUGAGACGCUUGCCUUCAUCAUUUCUGGUAUUCACAUAAUACAGAAGGAUUGUCAGCCGAACGCAGUUAACACUUUCGUCGAAGCUUUGUGCAGAUGCACGCCCUCCGUCCAGAUGCAGCCGGCCUCGAUGCGAUACCUGGGCAAAUCCUACAACCUCUGGCACAGGAUGACCUUGGGUCUCGAGCAGAUGGCCUACGACCCCUCCUCGAUCAAGAAGACCGCCAACCCGGCCUCCUGCUACGACUUCGAGACAGAGGCCGGCAAGAACGAGCUGCUAGACUCGCUGGGCGACCUCUACCACCUCCUGUGCGAGGAGGACCUGUGGGCGGGGCUGUGGCAGAAGCACGCCCACUACAAGGAGACCGGCGUCGCCAUAGCCUACGAGCAGCACGGCUUCUUCGAGCAGGCGCAGGCCGCCUACGAGGCGGCCAUGGUCAAGCACAAGCAGGACGCGAGCGCAGGGCCUACUCCCACGCACACCCAGCGCGAGAUACUGAUGUGGAACGAGCACUGGGUGCGCUGCAUGAAGGAGCAGAACCAGUGGGAGGCGCUGAAGGAGUACGCCAAGAAUGGGGUGUACGAUCCGUUCCUGUUGCUGGAGAGCGCGUGGCGGAUACCGCAGUGGGACGUGGUCAAGGACGUGCUGAACCACGUCGAGUACCAGUGUCCCAAGGAGUUGGCGUGGAAGAUGACGAUGUACGGUGGUUAUCUGUUGAUCUGUCAGCCGGAGGAGAGUAAGCCGUUGAAGUUCGUCGAGCGGUACGUGGAGAACGCGACCGCGCUGUGUUUGAACGAGUGGAAGAGGUUACCGCAUAUUGUCAGCCACAUACAUUUGAAUUAUCUACAGGCAGCUCAACAGAUCAUGGAACUUCAAGAGGCCUACCAAAUACACAAGGGACUGUCCCAGGCCCACCAAAACUCCUUGCACGACAUGAAGGCUAUAGUUAAGACGUGGAGGAACAGGUUACCCGUGAUCGCCGACGAUCUCUCUCAUUGGAAUGACAUAAUCACCUGGAGACAGCAUCAUUACCAGGCAAUUGUGAAUCAUUACGAAACGGCGAGGGACACGGGAAACGCUAACUCGAUGCUUGGCGUGCACGCCUCAGCCCAGGCAAUCAUCCAUUUCGGCAAGAUAGCGAGGAAGCACAAGAUGCCGGCAGUCUGUCUCGAGACCCUGAACAAGAUCUACACGAUACCCAGCGUGCCGAUCAUCGAUUGUUACCAGAAGAUACGACAAGAGGUCAAGAGUUACCUCCAGAUAGCAUCUUUGAAGGAUAAGACGGAAUUCCAGGAAAUUCUACCGUUAGGACUGGAGGUCAUCAACAACACCAACAUCCAGUUCUUCGCCAAAGAGAUGACCGCCGAAUUCUACGCCCUCAAAGGCAUACUCUACCACCUUAUGAACAAAUCGGACGACGCCAACAAGUGCUUCUCGGCCGCCAUCCAGCUGCACGACACCUCGAUCAAGGCGUGGGCGUACUACGGCGACUACCUCGAGGCCAUAUUCACCAGGGACCAGAGGCAGAUCAGCCUGGGCGUCAACGCCAUGGUCUGCUUCCUCCACGCCUGCCGCCACCAGAACGAGGCUAAAUCGAGGAAAUACAUGGCCAAGAUACUGUGGCUGUUGAGCUACGACGACAAGAGUUCCAGCCUCAUGGAGGCCCUGGAUAAAUACUCGGUGGGGGUCAUGCCCAUCCUGUGGCUACCAUGGACGCCCCAGUUGCUCAACUGCCUGGUGCAGUACGAGGGCCACGUGAUCCUCAACAUCCUCUGCCAGGUCGGACGGAUGUUCCCGCAGGCCGUCUAUUUCCCUAUCCGUAUCUUGUACCUGACGCUUCGACGAGCCACGGCCAGGGAAACUAGCGUCCAGCAACACACCCAGGAGGCGGAGGGCGGAGCCGCGCAGGAGCAGACCAGUGUCUCAAGCGCCAGCAACGAGGCGUCAUCGAUUAAAGCCACGCCCGCCAUGAUCAGGUGCUCGAAGAUCAUGAAGAUGCAGAAGGACUUCUACCCCAUCGUCUUGCUUAGCCUGGAGGGCAUAGCCGACCAGAUGGAAUGGUUCAGGGAGAACUGGUACGAGGAGGUGCUGCGCCAGCUGAGACAGGGGCUGGCCAAGUGCUACGCCAUCGCUUUCGAGAACCGCGACACUGUCGGCGACGCCAAGAUAACGCCCCACAUCCUGAACUUCGUGCGCAAGCUGGUGUCCACCUUCGGCAUAGGCGUGGAGAACAUAUCCAGCUCGGUGAACGUCACCUUUCACUCGGCCGCCUCCGAGAGCCUGGCGAGGCGAGCCGAGGCCACGUACCAGGACCCGGUGUUCAAGGAGAUGAAGCAGGAGUUCACGAAGGACUUCGAUUUCUCGCAGUCGAACAGCAUGCGGCUGCACAAUCUGAUCUUCAAGCUGAAGAAGUGGAUCAAGAUACUGGACAACAGGUCGAAAAUGUUACUUCAGUCGUUUUUGAUGGAGGACAAGUGCCGUUUCCUGUCGAUCUUCUCGCUGAAGACGGCAGAGGUGGAGUUGCCCGGGGAGUUCCUGCUGCCCAAGCACAACCACUAUUUCGUGAGGAUCACGAGGUUCAUGCCGAGGGUUGACGUCGUCCAGAAGCAUAACUGCUCGGCGAGAAGACUGUACAUCAGAGGACACAACGGCAAAAUCUACCCCUACCUGGUGGUGAACGACUCCGGUUUGGCGGAUGCGAGACGGGAAGAACGCGUCCUCCAGCUGUUGAGGAUGAUGAACAACUGCCUGGGCAAACAGAAGGAGACCUCCAGACGUUUCCUAAACUUCACGAUACCACGCGUUGUGGCCGUCUCGCAACAGAUCAGACUGGUCGAGGACAACCCCAGCUCCAUAUCCCUGCUCGACAUCUACAAAUCCGGUUGCGUGAAACUGGGGAUAGACUACGACAAACCCAUCAACUACUACUACGAGAGACUGGCCAGCGUGCAGAGCAGGGGUAUCAAGGCGAGCCACCAGGUGUACAGGGAUAUUUUGAAGGGGGUGCAGAGCACCAUGGUGCCGAGGAACCUGCUGAAGCAGUGGGCCCUCAAGACCUUCCCUUCGGCCACCGAUUAUUGGCAGUUCAGGAAGAUGUUCACGCUGCAACUGGCCCUGGCCUGUUUCGCAGAGUACGUCUUCCAUUUGACGAGGCUGAACCCCGAUAUGAUGUAUCUGCAUCAGGACUCCGGACUGAUGAACAUAGCUUACUUCAAAUUUGACGUUGACGACAGUACAGGUGAACUGGACACUACCAGACCAGUACCGUUUAGAUUGACACCAAACAUAAUCGAAUAUUUGAAUCCGGUGGGUAUAAGCGGCCCCCUGACGGCAUCUAUGAUCGCUACGGCGAGAUGCUUCGUUUAUCCCAACUUUAAGGUAUUAGCAAUACUCAAACCGAUCCUCAAGGACGAAAUGAUCCUUUCCCGAAUGAAAAAAUCAGAAGAAUCCCCGUUGAGCAACAGAGAGAAGAUAGCCGAUGGCGAACAGGUCAUAAAUAUGGUCAACAGGGCCGUUACCUCGAUAUCUAAUAGACUGAACACUUUGGCGCACUUCGACGGUGUAGAUAGCAGGUUGGCCACUUUAGUGGCAGCGGCGAGUAGUCACGAUAACUUGUGUCGUAUGGAUCCAGCGUGGCAUCCUUGGUUGUAAUUUUAUCAUAUUUCUAUAAUUUUGUAUACAUGUCUAAAGUUUUGAAUUUUAAGUUGAUAGGUAUUUUAUAUUAAAAACGUGAUAACUA